UUGUGAUCACGUGUAUUCAAGAAUUCUGUCAACGCGUCAAAUCAAAUCAAGUGGAUUCUCGGUUUGUUUUUGGAUUGAAAUUCCAAAUCCCAAAAAAAAAAUUAUUGACCAAAAAAUAAAACAUGGCCCUUGGUUUAUAUUCAUUGCUUGAAGCAGCAUUAUUGGUUAUCAAUGCUAUUGCCAUAUUGAAUGAAGAACGAUUUCUUGUCAAAUUUGGUUUAGAUCGAAAUUCAUUAAUAUCAUCUGCAUCAUUGAAUCAGGCAAAUAUACCAUAUGGAGGUGGAUAUGGACCACAAUCAACAGCAAUGCCACAGCCAUCAAUAAUGUCACCAAAAAUGCAAAUUCUAAAUCUAUUACAUUCGAUAAGAACGGUUGCACGUGUACCAUUAAUAGCAAUCAAUAUUGUUGUCAUUAUAUUUAAAUUAUUAUUUGGAUGAAAAUUUAAUUUCACUGUUUUCGAAUUUUUUUUUUUUAUUAUAGAAAACCAUAUAUUAAAAUAUGCUUUUUGGGUGAUAUAA